GGAGGUGCGACGUUUAAUCGAAAGUAAACUGAAUGAGGAAAUAAAAUAACUCACACCCACACCGAGGAGACAAACUGCCCUUAGCUGCAGCUGCACAGAAAAACAUAUUUAAAAUCCAUCCUGUGGAUUUAUUUAUUUUAAAUCAUACUUUUUAAAGCGGCGAAGUUUCAUCGUCAUGUCAAAGGCAGCAGCCCUGAAAAUAAGCAGAGAAAACGCAGUCAAGGUGGAAAACUUCCGCCAGUCCCUCUAUCAUGAGGCUGAAAAUAUGUUUUCCAGUUUUAUUCCUCUGAAGAUAAUUCAACUGGAUGCUCUGCUCAGGGAUGAUGCUCUCAGCAUCACAGACAUGUCUUCACUCCAGGCUCCUCUGGAUAUUCCCAUCCCAGACCCUCCUGCUCCAGAAGACGAGGAAAUGGAGACCGACAAGAACGAGGAGGAAGAGAAGAAGAAGAAGAAGAAAGCUCCAAAAUGUGGCUUCCUCAAAGGAAACGAGAAGAUCAACUUGCUUCUGGAAAGAGUAAAGCCGGAGAUCGUGGGUCUCAGAGAAACCAUCCUGGUUGUUUCAUGCUGGAUUCAGCACCUCAUUCCUAAAAUAGAGGAUGGAAAUGACUUCGGAGUCGCCAUCCAGGAGAAAAUCUUGGAGAGAAUCGCUGCAGUUAAGACCAAAGUUGAUGCUUUUCAGACCAACAUCAACAAGUACUUUUCAGAAAGGGGGGAUGCCGUCGCCAAAGCUUCCAAAGAUACUCACGUGAUGGACUACCGCUCACUCGUCCAUGAGAAGGACGAAGCAAUCUUCUCCGAGAUCAGAGUGAUCGUCCUGGACAUCCGUGGAUUCUACGCUGAGCUGUAUGACAUCAUCACCAAGAACCUGGAAAAAGUGACCAAUCCAAAAGGAGAGGAGAAGCCGUCGAUGUACUGAAGCUGGUUUCCCUGAGCUGCAUUCAACAAAUCAAUCCAUGCUGCACAAGUCGAUCCAGCCUGACAUGAUUUUCCCUCUACAGUCCAAACAAUAACUGGGUGUUGGUUUCACUACUUCAUUUCGAUGAGACACUUCAUUUGUGAUCCAACAUUUGCACUAAAUUGAAAUUGUCAAUAAAGAGCUUUUUUUUUUUUUUCCAAA